ACUUUUAUAAUACUGUAGUAGUAUCUACAAAUUCGCUUUUACUGCACUAAACUCGAAAAUCGAAUAUUUUAAAUAAACUGUUUUCGGACAGUGAGAAUCAAAUUCUGAGAUCACAUACAUUACGGUGGAACUAAGACGUUUGCGAAUUACACUUGGUUCAUCCAAAAUUUAGUACAAAUAUGAUGCUGUAAUAUACUGAUAUACAUGUAUAUACUUAUUAUUAGUAUAGAUAUUAUAAGAUUCGUAUAUAUCAGAGAUCAAUCAAAUAUGUUAAGAUUAGAUUCUCUACCUCUUGUAUAAAUAUGAGACCAUAUGUGAAUAAGAAAGUAUCGGUUCAUAAUCUUUCUAUAUGGUAUCAGAGCACUUCUGAUCAAAACCCUAAAUUUUUUCUCUUCUUCUUCUCUUCCGCCGCCGAUCUCUUGUCUCUCUCUCUCUUUGUCUAUAAUGGCAAUUGAACCUUCAACUCCUUCUUCUUCAACAGAAUUGGCUCCAAUCUUUAACGCAUCUGAACCACAAAAGACUUUGAUCUCUCUCAAUAUAUCUAACAUCACCAAGCUAACGCAAAACAACUACAUCACAUGGCGUCUUCAAAUUCGUUCUCUUCUUGAAGCCCAUGAACUCCACGUCUUCAUCGGCGAGGACGAUCUGACACCACCACCAACAAUCACCAUCGACAACACUGCAAAUCAAACAAAUCCAAAGUUCACAGCUUGGAUCCGUCAAGAUAAGCUCCUCUUAAGCGCCAUACUCGGGUCACUUUCUCUCCCUGUUCAAGCUCUUGUUGCUAGAGCCACCACCACCCGUGGUAUGUGGGAAACUCUCCAUCGUACGUACGGCAAUGCUUCUCGGAGUCACAUAAAAAUCAUCAAAGAUCAAAUCAAAGCCAGCACCAAAGGAAGCAAAUCCAUCAUCGAAUACAUGAGAGGCAUCCUUGAAAAAUCUGACCAACUAGCAUUGCUUGGAGCUCCUCUUCCACAUGAAGACCUCCUUGAACACAUCACUGAUGGCCUUGGAGAUGACUACAGAGCAGUCACAGAGAUGGUGAACGGACGAGACACACCAAUCUCAAUUGAAGAACUUCAUGAGAAGCUCAUCAACCGAUACUUUCUUAUUCACAUAUGGUCUCAUAUUUAUAGAAGAGGAAGAGAAGAAACCAGAAGCAGCAGACAGGGCCGGUCAUGGACAUAGCCAAAUGAAAUAUUCGCCUAGGACCCCCGAUUUUUUAGUUACAAAAUAGGCCCCUAAUUUUACAAAAUACGCCCCUAAUUUUGAUAUCUCUGUGUUUGUAUUCUCAGGUCCCCGCAAGGAACUGUUCUAAAAAGUAAAGCAAUCUUUAAUCAGAAAGCUCCUAAAGUUGCUUCCUUCUCUUCUCGCGGUCCAAAUACUAUUGCGGUUGAUAUUCUAAAGCCAGAUGUAACACCACCAGGAGUGGAGAUUCUCGCUGCGUAUUCACCUUUGAAUUCACCAUCUGAGGUAUGGUUUGAUAAAAGACAUGUGAAGUACUCUGUUCUGUCCGGAACUUCGAUGGCUUGUCCACACGUUGCAGGCGUGGCUGCGUACAUCAAGACUUUUCAUCCUGAAUGGUCUCCUUCCAUGAUCCAAUCUGCCAUCAUGACAACUGCUUGGCGGAUGAAUGCUACCGGAACCGGGGUUGCAUCAACCGAGUUUUCUUAUGGAGCAGGACAUGUCGACCCAAUAGCCGCUCUUAAUCCCGGACUCGUAUAUGAAUUAGACAAAACAGACCACAUCGUAUUACAAUCUGAGAUUGAAGGAGAGAGACGGUGGAGAGUUUAUUAAAACUUUCUUAUUUCUUUCCUUAAGGAAUAAAAGCUGUACAAUGUUCUCUUAUA